AAAGUACUAAAGAACACGUGUAAUGUAAAGGGAAGUAAUGCAAAUUCUUUUUCCUCAAAUCUCGUUUGAUAAAUUCAGUCCAAAUUAGUGUGUUUUGGAGUAAAACUUCUCCACUCAAUUUUCAAAAAUGCUCGGUGAUAAAUCUCAAACCCCCACUCGGCACGAGUUGUUGAGUAUGGUUAAGAAGCACUCGAAGUUGAUUCUAGACACCACGUUGGACGAGGACGAGACGUCGGCUGAUGUGGAAAUGGAUUCCGGAUUCUGGCAUGACAUCAUUGAUUUGUAUUUCGUUAGCAGUAGGGAGUCGAGGGGGCGCGAGGAUGAUGACCUCGUGUUUUUUGUUAGAAAAACGGGUUUGCAUGCGCAGAGACCUAGUGACAGUGCGGAAGCAAACUCUCCUUACUUUGUACGCAGGUGGGCACCUAAGUUGGAUGACUUAGUUGGUGAUAAUUCAACGAUUAUAGAUUGGAGACGCUCUUUUUAUCUGAAUUUGAUUGCUCAUACCACAUUCAGUGUUACAGUAGCGAUUUGCAGUCAUCAGGUUCUUCGGCAAUAUCAUGCCAGCCAAGGCAAAACCUUGUCUCCUAUCUAUAAGGUCUUGAAGACUGUGUAUGCAUCUCCAAGUCGUAUUAAUUUUCAUUUGGAUUCAAGAAAGGAAGUAGAAACAACACCUGCCUAUCCAGAAAUAUGUUUUGCCGUAGAUGACUUCGAUUCCACCUUUGAUGCAGUGGUCUUGACUGAUACGGAUCAUUGCUACUGCGUACUGCUAAAUGCUCAUGACGGGGCAGCAUUUCCACGUGAUACGAAAACAGAACAAGUUAGUUCUGACGUCUCUUCUUCAGACAAUGCUGCUGCUAGUGCUGGCAAGAUAAAGAAGUCCAAGAUUACCCUUUUUUCAGGUUUUGUCAGCUAUCAAAUGGUCCGAGAAGCAUAUGAUGCUGGGAGGACUGGUUUUGGAAGCCUUCUGUCACUAGGUCAUUCUUCUGGGAGAACUGAUAGAAUUUAUAUGAAAGGUCCUGGAGGACGUGGUGAAGUUGAAGUAGCUGUGUCUGGUGUUCUCGAUCAAAGCAAGACGGAACUAGGUCCGCAUUCACCUAUUCAAAUACCUAAAAAAGGGCUCGGAAUCGGAACAAUGGUUAGAACAGCAGCAUCGGUUGCAUCAACAGCAGCCAAGAAUGCUUAUGCCGCAGCCUCCUCCACUCGACCUUCCGACGAAGAGAUGCUCCCCCUCAAGUGCUGCUUAAUGUCCAUCUCACUUCCAUGGGAAAAUAUUGCUCACGAUCUUCUUUUCAAGGGAAGUCCCCCGGUCAACUUGUAGCGAUCAAGAGUUGGUACAUAACUUCCAUAACGAGAGUACACAAAUUGCAAUUGAAUUUACUUGGAAGAGAAAUACUGGAGCUGAGUUGUAAAUUACCUGUAUCUUGGUAAAUUCUGUUGCACCCAAUUAAAGAUUGGUCCGAAUAUUCAACAUUUCAGGGCUGCACGAGUGCAGUGUAGCCUUUAUAUUGUGCUUUGAAUUAUAGAUUCACAGUUAUCUGAAUAAUGCUAGUAGUACUGAUUCUUUGAGCUUUGCGAUCUCUAUAUAUUUUCGGCCUGCUUAUGAUUUGAAGAAGGCUAUGUGAGAGUGGUUCU